CUUCUAUAAAUAACAAAGAAGCAGUGGUACCGUAAUGGCCACCCAUUAAUCCCCUCCCCUAUUUCUCCCUUCCCUUCGUUUACACUAUUUUUCUUUGCCUCUGGCUAGUAGUUAGCCUCGUCUCUGUCUCCCUCCCAUGGCGGCGCCGGCGAGUGAUGAUCAGAAGUACUCACAAAACUACCACAACCAGCAACCGCGCAAACCCAGAGGCCAGUUCGCUUCCUAACCCAAUUCCUCCUCAGAACCUUGUCCUUCGCCUUCACAUUGGCCGCCGCCGUCUCCACCGUCACCAACAAGCAGACCACCGAGGUCCUUCCAGGCUUCUUCUUCGUGGCUCACUAUUCCUACUCCUCCGCCUUGCGAUUCUUCGUGAUGGUGAUGGGGCUGGUGGUGGAGGGAUGAUCGGCGACGACGGCGGUUGGUGUGGUAGGGAAGUACCGCGAGAACCACUCCGGCUGGAUGCCAAUUUGCGACCACUUCCAUCGAUUCUGCAACAG